AUGGCUGACAACGGACUCACCCUCACCGUCCUGGGCUGCGGCGUCAUGGGCAACGCCAUUCUCGGCGGCAUCAUGGCCGCGCUGGCCGACCCCUCCGGACCCUCGACCGCCGACGAGACCGUCCCGCCCAAGCUGCCGACCAAGUUCAUCGCCUGCGAUGCCUGGGCAGGCGCCCCGGACGCCAUCCGGGGCGUGCUGGGCAAGUACAACCAGCCGCUGGAGAUCUACGUCAACGACAACCUGACGGGCGUGAAGAAGGCCGACGUGGUGCUUCUGGCGUGCAAGCCGUACAUGCUGCAGGAGGUGCUGGGUGCGGAGGGCAUGCGCGAGGCGCUGGACGGCAAGCUGAUCAUGUCGAUCCUGGCCGGUGUGUCGGUCGAGCAGAUCGAGCGCACCAUCUACCCGGACGGCGUGCCCGCGCCGGAGAAGAAGCCGUGCCGCGUCGUGCGCGUCAUGCCCAACACGGCCGCCCUCGUGCGCCAGAGCAUGACCGUCAUCUCGCAGCCGACCCCGCCGCUGAGCGACGACCAGACCGCCCUUGUCACCUGGAUCUUCAACCGCUGCGGCAAGGUCGUCCAGCUGCCGCCCCACCUCAUGGAUGCCUGCACCUCGCUGUGCGGCUCCGGCCCGGCUUUCGUUGCCCUGAUCCUCGAGGGCUUGGCUGACGGCGCUGUCGCCAUGGGCAUCCCCCGCAAGGAGGCUCAGCUCAUGUCCGCCCAGAUGAUGAAGGGUACCACCGGCCUGGUGCUCGAGGAGAACAGGCACCCUUCCAUCCUGAAGGAUAUGGUUUCCACUCCCGGUGGCUGCACUAUCGGCGGCCUGCUGACCCUCGAAGAGGGCGCUGUCAGGGGCCACGUCGCGCGUGCCGUUAGGGAGGCUACCGUUGUUGCGAGCCAGCUGGGUCAGGGUGUUAAGAACGUGAACGGCACUCGUCACUGA